CCAAUCCGUCGGUUCUGAUUGGUUGGUUUGCCUGCGAAACCUUCCGCCUUUGGGCGGGCAAUUCAUUCGCGGGGUACGAUUUAAAGGGGAAGCAGCAUCCGGAGCCCUUGAAACGAACGGGACUCAAAGGCAGAAGGCCAUGGACAAUGAGGUGGGUCCACAGCCGCAAGGCCACCCGCUGUUUGGAGGAGCCUUUUCUGCUUUCCUCCCUCCUGGAAGCCUGGAUGUCAGUGAGAUGCGCCAGGUCCCUGAUAACCAGGAAGUCUUUGUUCACCCCAGCACGGAUCAGAGCUUCAUCGUAGAACUUCUAGAGUACCAGGCAGAUGUCCCCGACGAAAAUGCUGCCAGAUAUCACUUUGAGGACAUAGCUGGUGCUUCUGCCAGCGCUGAGAUUUUGAGCCAGGCCUUUGCUCCCCAUCUCCUAGCUCUGGAAGGCUGCAGCAGCGCCUGGGGCCUCACCGCCCACCAGCUGGUGGCCAAGUUUGAUGAGGAGGCCAAGAACGAGGUGACUCUACAUUUGGUCUUGUUGCGCCUGCCCCAGUAUGGGACAGACCUGCUCCUCACCUUCAACAACCCCACCUAUAUCCAUCCUCUAAGCAGCAGCGCAGCCCCAGGAACAGAGGUUCGCGCUUCUCCUUCUCAGCCUCCGUGGACAGUGGAGCAUUUCCACACCUUCGUACGCAGCGUGCGGCUCCACGACCCCGGCAUCUUUGGUUAGGACAUCUCCAGGAUGCAGCCGCUUACCAUCUGUUUUGCAAUCCCAGAAUUGUUUGGGUGAAGACUCUUAAAGAGGCUACUUCUGGUUAAAUGUCUGGAUCAUCCAUCUGCUGCUUCGGCUCUCUGGACAUGGACUCCGAUUGCCCAAAGGACAUUUGCAUGGCAGAGGGCGGUUUCGUGGCACCUCCGCUCCCAGAAGGUGGUUUCAGGUCUACCCCUGCCUUUGGACGAUACUGGCCUGUUGUCCUUCCAUUUGCCUUUGGAAGGGGGUCUAUUCCUCUCAGCUCCAACUAUGUACCCCACCCAGUUCAGGGAGGGGAGCUGGACUUGUCCUUCCAGGUUGCUGCACCUGUUUGCCAAUGUAUCAACCACCUUCUCCAACCUGCCUUUUGAAUUUCCUGCAACAAGGUGUUUUGGUGUAUCAGUCCAUUAGAACAAAAUUCAGAGUCAAUUAAAAAAUACAAGAUGCCUUUUAUUUGGACCAACCAAUGUUUAUAAUAUAAGCUUUUAGAGUCAUACAUAGUAAAUUCUUGGGUUUGAGGACCAAAGGCAGAUGUUCAUGAGAUGUUUCUUUUAUUUUUCUUUCCUACACAUCCUCAUCCCCCUGUUGUUGUCGAUAUUUCAACUAAGGUGGUUCUUUCAGACUUCUUUAGGUUAUAUAUUGCCCUGUGCUAGGGUGUCAAGUUGCACAGAGGCAUGCUGGGAAAAGGCAGUAACUGACCAUACUUUGAAAAUAUAUUAAAAAACGAUAUACUUCUAAGUCUUGCAUUAAAAACCCAGUCAUAUAUAUUGCUCAGUGUUAACUCGAAUUCAUAGGUCCAUUUUCUAGGAAUGAUGUGUAUGGAUCGCAAAUAAAUGUUACUCCAAUGAUAACUGGAAUAAA